AUGCUGAUUCACCCCAAGCACCAGGAGGGCGCUACACGCCAGGUGAAGGAUAGCGCGAACGACAGCAAGCCCGGUGUGAAGGCCCAACAACAACAACAACAUGCAGCCGUGCAAGACCCCGAGGCCCGUGCCAAGCUGCGCCGCGUGGUGGCGGGCGUGCUGACUGGGGUAACCGAGCGCUUCCUGUCCCACCCCGUCGAGACGUGCAAGGUGGUCCUACAAAACACACCAGCCUCCGCCUCAGCCGUGCAGGUCAUCUCCUCGCGAUGGCGCGACAAGGGCCUCGCCUCGUUCUACCGCGGCAUUGUGCCGAGCACCCUGGGCCGAGGCCUCCAGACUUCGCUUCGCUUCCACGUUACCGAGACGGUGACGCAAAUGACGGGUCCGGGUACAUGGGGCAAGUACCUGGGCGGCCUCGUCGCGGGCGUGAUCGACACCUUCGUGAUGGCGCCCAUCGAAAGCACCAAGACCCGAACACAAGCCAGGGGAGUGCCGUGGCUGACCACCUUCCGAGACACGUGGCGCAACGACGGAUUUCUGGGAUUCUACAGGGGCAACUCGGCGACGCUCCUUCGGCAAACCGGCAAUCUGGGCCUUCGCUUCGGCAUCUUCUUCCACAUCGAGAGCGUGCUCCAGAGCCAUUUCGCGUCGACUUCCGACGCUCGGCCGCCCACGUGGAUCCCGUUGGCUGCUGGAGCGACGGCGGGCGCCAUCUCGGCCUACAUGACCAACCCGUUGGACCUGAUCAAGACCCAGGUGCAGGCCUACUCGGGCGCUGAUCCCAACAAGCGAAAGCUGCGGGUGAUGGAGGCCAUCCGCAAGAUCAACGCCCAGGACCAGGGACUGUGGCGCAAGUGGUUCCGAGGCGCGUGGCCGCGGGUGGCACAGCAAACCCCGUCGGUGGCGGUCCAGUUCUUCCUCUACCGAGUCUACGAGCAGAUGCUCGCCCGCGUCUACCCCGAUGCACACCACGCUGCUUCGUCGUCUUCGUCGUGA